GAACCUCUAUUUUCUGGUAUAUUUUCAUACAUAAGGCACAUCGGAUUAUAAGGAGCAUUUUAAGCGAUAAUAGGAAGGAAUUAGGAUGUCCCAAUGUUUCCCUUCUGAUUUAGCAGGUCUCUCCGCAGGGGCACCUAAAUAAUUUUUCUUUUUUUCAAUUCUUAAAAAAAACUUUUCUUUCAAAGUCAAAUGAGCACUGGAUGUUAAUCUACACAGAUUUCUCUCCUGAAAACUGUUCAUUUGGAUGCUGACCUUUUGGCAGUUGAUGGCACGUGUCACCAUGGUCAAUUACCGUCAGCACAAAGACAAGAUGACGUAUUGUUCCGGUGACGCACGGUCACAGAAACAGGCAAAUGAAUGAACGGCACUUCCACAGGCAUGGAUUCAAACUGCACAGAUGGAGCUAGUCCUACAGAUGGGCUAGGUAGAAGCUCUCCAGGAAUGAUCCUGCUCUCCCUCACUCUCUCUGUGCUUGCUGUCCUGACCACCGCCAUCAACUCUUUAGUCAUCACUGCCAUCAUUGUCACUCGCAAACUGCACCACCCCGCCAACUAUCUUAUCUGCUCCCUGGCGGUGACGGACCUGCUGGUGGCCGUCUUGGUCAUGCCCUUCAGCAUCGUCUACAUCGUGAAGGACACUUGGGUCAUGGGCCAGGUGAUGUGCAACAUCUGGCUCAGCGUGGACAUCACCUGCUGCACGUGCUCCAUCCUGCACUUGGCUGCCAUCGCCUUGGACCGGUAUCGCGCCAUCACAGACGCUGUGGAAUACUCCAGAAAGAGAACAUCUUUGAGGGCCGCUGUAAUGAUCUGCGUUGUGUGGCUGCUCUCCAUUCUCAUUUCCCUCCCUCCGCUGCUCUGGAGACAGAACAAAGACACGGACCAGUGCCUCAUUAAGCACGAUCACAUUGCAUUCACACUUUACUCCACUUUUGGAGCCUUCUACAUCCCCCUAAUUUUGAUCCUGAUUCUUUACUACAAGAUAUACAGGGCAGCUAAAAUUCUUUACCACAAAAGAGGGACAAGCCGUCUGAAUAAGACCGAAAUGAACGGACACAUGAUCCCUAAAUGUUCAGACAGGGAACAGCAAAGCCCCGAUACGCUCAGUCCCCCAGAGAAGUCUCUGUCUGAGCCGUCCACAGAGGGGGACAGGGUACGCAUUACUGCAAGGAGCCCAAAUUUCCAGUCCCGCAGAGAAAGAUCCAUCAAAAGACAGCGGAUAUCAGGCACGCGCGAGAGGAAGGCGGCCACAACUCUGGGCCUCAUUCUCGGGGCCUUUGUCAUUUGUUGGCUGCCCUUCUUCAUUCAGGAAGUGAUCAUUAACACCUGCUCUACUUGUGUCCCCUCCUCAGAGAUAGCCAGCUUUCUGACCUGGCUUGGAUAUCUGAACUCACUCAUAAACCCCCUCAUUUACACCAUCUUCAAUGAGGACUUCAAGAAGGCCUUUCAAAAGCUGGUCAAAUGCAGGAAUUAUCUCUGAUGCUGGAAAAGGUGGAUUAUCACUGGACUUUCAGUGCUGUGGACAGAAAACAUUCACAUAAGCAAGUGAAAAAUGCACAUUUCAUUAAUGCAGAUAUUUUAAAAUAUAUAUUUAUGAUAAGUGAACUCAAGAGUUUUUCAUCCUUUCAUCCUGCUAGAUCUACUACCUCUGUAUAAAUAUGUAUAUAUGCUACAAAAGUACAGAAGUAGAUUAAGAAGACUGAGGUCCUCCAAACAUCAUAUACAGUCUCCUCCAAAAGUAUUUAAACAGUGAGGUCAAUCCCUUUAUUUCUGCUGAAGACUGAAAACAUUUGGAUUUGUCAUUAACAGAUGAAUAUGAGACAAGGUUUUUUUCAAGUUUUUUUUUUCAUCUGGAUCUGAUACACAGUUCAGAAGAUAGCACCUUCUGUCUGAACUCACCCAGAAUAAAAAAAAACGAAAUGUUGAUCUUUUGUCUCAUACUCAUAUUCUAAUGUAAAACCUAAAUGUUUUUUAGUCUACAGCAGAAAUAAAGGGAUCGACCUCGCUGUUCCAAAACUUUUGGAGGCAACUGUAUGUAAACAGCCAGACCAC